CGUUCUAUUCAGGAAGGUUUAGGAGGAAGAACAAGUGCCGAUGAACCGGAAAGAAGGAUAUCUUAUCAAGAUACCAAAGAAGGGGGAUCUGAGCAAAUGUGAGAACUACAAAGGCAUCAUACUACUACGAAUGCCAGUAGAAGUCUUUAACAGUGUUGCUGAACCGGAUGAAAAACGCAGCAGACGCACAACUUCGAGAUCAACAAGCUGGGUUCCGAAAGGAUCGGUUGUGCACAGACCGGAUUGCGACAUUACGGAUCAUCGUUGAACAAUAAGUUAAGUGGAACUCUUCAUUGUACAUCAACUUCAUUGAUUAUGAAAAGGCAUUUGACAGUGUAGAUAGGAGGACCUUGUGGAAACUUCUUCGACACCACAACGGAUUACACUGAAAAUUCGUGCAUGGAGGACAGCCGACAGACGCAUUCCAAGCAAGGACCGGAGUCAGACAAGGCUGCCUACUCUCCUACUUUCUCUUUCUUCCGGUGGUUGACUGGAUUAUGAAGACUUUGAUGUCUGAGUGGAAGCAUGAAAUAAAAUGGACAUGUUGGACGCAAUUGGACGAUCUGGACUUUGGAAAUGACCUAGCUCUUCAAUCUCAUACACACGGGCAAAUUCAGGUCAAGACAAACAAUGUAGCAGCAGCUACUGUAUCAGUAGGCCUCAACAUACACAAAGGAAAAAGCAAUAUUGUCAAAUACAACACGGAGAACAGCAAUCCAAUCACUCUUGAUGGAGAAGCUCUGGAAGAGGUGGAAUCUUCCACGUACCUGGAAAGCAUCAUUGAUGAACAAGGAAGAUCUGAUGCAGACGUAAAGGCAAGGGAUGGCAAAGCAAGAGCUGCAUCCAUACAAUUGAUAAACAUAUGGAACUUAAAACAACUGUCAACUAAUACCAAAGUCAGAAUCUCCAGUACGAACGUCAAGACAGUCCCACUGUACUGAGCUGAAACGUGGAUAACUACUGCAACCAUAAUAAAAAAGGUACAAGUAUUUAUCAACGAUUAUCUACGCAAGAUACUCAAUAUCCA